AUGACUUCUCAUAAGAGGCCGGCCACCCUGUCUUCCGAGGAAUCUUACCUUGAUGAUCCCUCGGAUGAAGACGAUAGUGAAUGGGAGAGGAUCACACAGGACCCAGUCAAGCGAGUCGCAUUUGAAAGAAAAUGUAUUGAAGUUGAGCUCACCGAUCAGAAACGAGUAAUUCUAUUGCAAGACAAUUAA